AAAUCCAGCCUCUGGAUUUUCCAACUGCAACUAAAAGGCCCGAACAAAAUGGAAAUAGUCUUUGAGUGUCAGAAGAUCACGCAGCGUGGAAAAGCUCCACGGACACAGCAGCGCAGCAGUCAUGUUCCUGUACUUUCUGGGCCUCGUGGUCCUCUUCCUCAUCUUCCGCUGGAUCAGAGAGCUCCCUCGAGUGUCUGAUAAGGGCAGCAAGUACGUGUACAUCACAGGCUGCGACUCCGGCUUCGGUAACCUCCUGGCCCGGCACUUGGACAAGCUGGGGUUCCCGGUGAUUGCUGGGUGUUACACGGAGAAGGGCGAGGAGGAUCUGAGGAAGGCCUGCUCCAGGAACCUGACAACGACGCAUCUGGACGUUACCUCCAAGGAGAGCGUGGCCAAAGUGGCGGCGAUGAUUAAGCAGAAAGUGGGACACCACGGGCUUUGGGCUGUAGUGAACAACGCGGGCGUGGCCGUUCCCUCCGGCCCGUGUGACUGGCACGACGUGGAUGACUACAAAUUCAUGAUGGACGUGAACCUCCACGGGGUCAUCGCCGUGACGCUGAGCGUGCUGCCGCUAAUAAAGAAGGCAGGGGGCAGAGUGGUGAACGUAGCCAGCGUGUUCGGGAGGAUCAGCGUCACCGGGGGCCCGUACCCUGUCUCAAAGUUCGCCGUGGAGGGGUUCAAUGACAGCCUGAGGAUAGGCAUGGCCCCCUUUGGCGUCAAAGUCCUCCUUAUUGAGCCGGGGUUCUUCAAAACCAACGUGACGGACAGCAAGAUCCAGAUUGAUUCUGUCAAAGGGCUGUGGGACAGACUCCCCCAGGAGAUCAAAGAUGACUACGGAAGCGACUACCUAGACAAAGCCGUCAAGCUGACAUCGGAGUCACUGUCGAAGAUGAGCGACGGGGAUCUGAUGAAGGUGGUGAACUGCAUGGAGCACGCCGUCGCCGCCGUCUGGCCCCGCAAGCGCUACUCCCCCGGCUGGGACGCCAAGUUCUUCUGGCUGCCGAUGUCCUACAUGCCGACGUGCAUCGUGGACUACAUCGUGCUGAGCGGGGCCAUUCCCGUCAAAAGGCAGAAGAAGUGACGUUCUGCCCUCGACCCAUCGCUGCGAUAAAACCCUGAAGGACGAUGUCAAGGCCGCCUUAUCUGCCGCUCAGAUUACAGCACACAAAGGGGCAAUAAACCAGACCGAAGACCGCAGACCUGUACGACCUCCUGGAUCUGAGGUCAACCUGCUGGUUUUUGUCCCACAUCUGAACUGAAUUUGGGUUUUAAACUUUUAGAAAAGUGACAAAUCUGUUGCAAAGACCGUAAAACAUGAGUCGACAAAACUGAAUAGUUUUCAAAGGUAAACCAGGUUUGGGUUUGCUCAGUUGCAUUGUGGGUAAAGAAUUGUAUUCAUUUUUCAUUUUUUUGUUGAAAAUCCGCCUUUGAAGGCUGCUUCACACCUCCAUCCAUGCAGGGGCAAUGAGGACAAAGUCGGAUAACGCCGAGUCAUGGCACAGUUCAAACACAACCUUUGUCACAAGGUGAGAGAAGAUACGGAUUGUGAAAUUAAAGUUCAAAUGACCAACCACAGCACAACGGAGGCUGGCCUUUCUACAAAAUAAAAGCCUCUAAUUUCCAA